CGGGGUCGCCAUGGAUGAGACAGUCGCUGUCCGCCAGCAAAAGUCUCCCUCCCAAACUCGAAGCUUACCACGUUGCCACGUAAAAGAAUGCAAUUCUCGCCCUUCCAACAUGGCAUUCCACCUCGGUCGACUACCCAUGCACCCCCCGGCGAUCUCGACCCCAGGCGACCAGGGGCAAGCCCGAUAUAAAACAUGAAUGACAGCAGAAUCAGGCCAUAAUCGAGAGCAAAAAAACCACCUUUGUCGCCCUGGCGGGCCGCUUUUGCCUGCUUUUGCUUAGCAGAGAAUAAUACAACAAAACUAAAUUCUCGCGUGAUGGAGAAUGCGGAUUUGAGACCCGCGGACCUUGGACCAUGGGGUCUAGCCCGCACUGUCCGAAAAGGUGUUUGACAGCAAUGAAAGGAUGCGAAAGCCUAAAGUUUUGGUCCCAUUCAAACAAAUGCCAUCCGGACAAAGUUGAGACUUGAUUUCUUCUCCUGCUUCUCUUUGACUUUACUUGUGAAAUGCCAAGCUAUAAUCUCUGCUUUUCCACCCAUCUCCGGUAAUACUAGCCAACUGAACUAAACUAGACAUCAUCUUUUUCAUCCUUUCGUAAAGGUCCAUUCCUUGCACUUUCACUUGUCACUAAAAAGACCAACCAAUACGAACAACCGAGACACUUUUUUUUUUUUUUUCCUUCCUAAAACCCGCCGCAGUCUGGUCCAGCGUCUCCGGCUUAGACUACUGAAGCAUACUAAGCUGCACCUCAUCUGACCGUUUCUUAUACUAUCCAGAACUAAAAUACUUAGGGCAGAUGUGCCCCGUUGUUGCACAGAUGCAGUCCCCAGGGGAUCUUGGGGCAGAUGCGUGGCAUGUCGAUAACUUGGUGCACGAGGAUGCCGAGGCCACAGACACCUUUGAAGACGACCGCGUGACGCCGAUGGAGCAGAUCACUAAGACACACUCGCGGCGACUGAGCCGGCAUAGUCAUGACGAUAGGCAGAGAGGGAGAGGGUUCGACCGCUCCGCAACGGACGGGGACACGGACGCCAGCUCCCAGAGAUACCGCCGGAGCAGACAGAGAAACUCUAUGAUCAGCCACUCCAGCCGCAACGCUGUACAACGUCCGCCGCGGUCUCACUCUGUCCCUUGGUCUCAUCAUCGGUCUCCGCUUCGUGAAGAGUCUGAAGCUCCUAGCCACGCAACCUAUCACACCAUUGACAGCGACGACAACUUGUCAGAGGAUGAAGAAGACUCCGAUGCCGUUGGAACACGACAUAGCCAGUCUGCUAUGUCUCACGGUCGGAAUUCGCCGGCAAUGAAAAACAGCAGUUCACGGAGCUCUAAAAGGAGCCCUUCCACCAUUAUACAGUCCACAUUUGUCGACCGCGGCGAGAGCCCAAAGAACGAAGUCCCUCGAAAGCGUCUGGCAUCUUCCACCAUCUCCACCAGGGUUUCGCCACCGAUAGUCAAAGUGCACGACGCCCUGCGGUACCUCGACGAAGACUCCCCCGACAUCACCGAGGAGAGCAUCCGGCGCUCCGUGGCAGAGGCUUCGGCAGUUUGGAGGCUGUCGUCUGCAUCUUCGGUGAAGUCCAGCAGGGCACCAUCUGCGCCCAACACGAGUCCCGGCUCGUCUUCCUCCUCAAGCGGCGACAGCGGCAGGUCAUCCGACCUCGUACGGGACCACGAGAGCGACCGGAGCAGCAGCCCAGCUCGAAGCGUCAACGAGGCCGAACCCUCUUUGCAAAGUGGCGUGAACCGCGCAUCCGUCGUCACCGCCACCGAGUCCAAAGAGCGAAAACACGGCAGGCGGCCCAGCCACGAGCAGUACGGAACCCCCGAGAUGCCUCGCGGCAAGGCGCAGCUCCCGCACAUCCCACCAAAGGCGUUAAAGUCACGCCCGCCGAGCCAAGCGCAGGCGAUGCAUCUGCCCCGUGCCGAGAAGCUGCCCCUCUCCGGGUACGAACUCCUGGCGGCACGCGUGUCAAACGCAUCACAGACCGAUCACGGCCAUGGACGCAGUUCGCGGGCACGUCGAGGCAGCGUCGGAUCUUCGGUCUCGGCAGUGUCCACGGCGCCGCUCACGCCUUUUCAGAACCACCCACCACUGAAGCCCAUCUAUCGCAGGUUCGAGGCCUUGAACCACAGGCUGCUCCUGCAGCUGCAGGACGAGCUGAGCGAGCUGGAGGAGCAGCUUCAUCGCCUCGACACGGCCGACACUCAGACUCGUCGCGUCCAGAACCAGAUCCUCCCAGCAUCAAGACGUGCCGGGAGCGUAGCCGGGGGUGAGCUGCAGUGGCACCGGACCGAUGUGCUGGCAAAGAUUGGAUAUAAACUGGCCCAAUACAACCAUGUCCUCACGUCCUUCGCCGAGACACAAAAGCUGCCCAUCCCGGCCGCGGACGACGUUGAGAACUAUCGGACAUACCUGGCGGCAAAGAACCCGAUUGCCGAAAUUGAAGCCCGGUUUCUGGACACGGCCGACGACCUCGUCUCGCUGACCCCACCGCGGCCUGCGUCCCCACGAUCCAGCAUAUGCCGGAGCCAACAGCAGCACUACGCCUCCCACCAACCCAUGUCCGACGACGCGCUCGCUCCCGUGCCAGCCUCUGGACCGCCUCUCUCCCACAGCCCUGCGAAAUGGUCGUACCGGCACGAAGGGUCCCACGACGCCCAGUCUCCUGAGAAAUCCAAGGCAGCGUCCGGCGCCGCUUCCGGAGAGGAAAAGAACGGAUUCAAGAUCCUGGUGGCGGCAGCGGCGGCAUCCGUCCUCGUGCCUGUUCUCACGUUCCCCCUGAUCCCCAGCUUCAUGGGGCGGGUGGUGGUGGUGCUGAUCGUGGCGCUCACGCUGCUUCGUCUUUACGGCGGCGACGGGAGGAGCGGCAUUGCGCUACCCAAGCCGGCCAGGGAUAUAAUAAGCAACCUGUCGACGAGGGACAUUGUCCUGACCAUGGGGUCGUACGGUGCCGUCAUGACGGUGAUUGCGGGGAUAAUUUGAUGAGUGGGUUGGGCAACUGGAUCUCGACCCUGCAAGGUUGGAUUAGCCUUUGGAACUAAUUGUUAGGCGGCGUUUUGCAUUGAGGUUAUCUUUAUACUCUGGCGUUUGUUAUACCCGUACGAAUAAAUAAAGUAUUAAAUAUGCCA